AUGUCGAUAAAUUCACAGCAAACGCCUAUAAUAUCACAUCUUAGUUGUAACUCAUUAGAGGCCUCUCUCAAAGAGUUAAGGAAUAUCAAACAGCGUCAAAAACCGAUAUCUAAACGCGAGGUGCGCGAUCAAAUUCAAAAUGAUUUUAAAGUGCAGCAGAAAAUGAAACGGGACAGACAACUUCAUAGUCUAGUCCUUGGAAAAGGACUUGGUGAGGUAGCCAAUAAAAUGAUUUUCAAAGGCUUUUACAAACCGCAAAUGGUCUUUGAGGACAAGGACUCUAAUAAACAGUUGGAUAACAAUUCUAUUGGAUUAACGAAUCUUCAGUCAAUUUUUACAGAAAUAUCUCCCAGAAAAGUGUAUGAAAAUGCACUUGGCAGGGCGUUUUCUCAAUCCGUUAAUUCAGCGAGUGGAUUACGGCCUCUGGACUCUCACCGGUUUAGCAACACAUACACAUCGACGCAUUUCGAAACCUUAGUCUCCACGCCUAGGAGAAAGGAGAGUGUUCCUCGGUCGAUUACGAAAUUUGAGGAAACCUGCGCUGAGAUUCGAGAUACUAUUGACAACUUAGAGUCUGAUCUCGAUGUGCUAUGUGUGCCCCAUCUAUCUUUUAAUGUCCUUUUAGAUAUUCUUUCCCGAGCUUUAGAGUUAGUGGAGCAUGGUGAUCUCAAAGAGGAGUUCAUACUGUCAGGCCCUGAGUUUAAUAUAGAGAGCACUAGGAUCGAAGUCUCACCGGAAGGUGAAGCAACCAUCCGCCUUGUUGGGGCUGAAGAGGUGAUGAAUUAUGUUUUAAAAAACAUGAUCGAUACCGCCUUCGAGCUCGUGCCUGUGACCCACACUGCGCAGUGGGUGCUGCAGUUUACCAUUACCUUUUUGCGCUCUUUGACGGCUGUCACCGAGGAGGAUGCGUACUUGAGGCUAGGGCUACUGGCGCGAUGUGUGCGGCUUCUUGGAAGUACGGAGCAUUUCUCCGCCACACUCCUCACGUUCGUGUUUAUGAUCGAAGAGUAUGAUGCCUUUUAUCAACUGACAGAUUCCGCGGAGAGUAACAUUGAGGCCCUUUUUAGCGAAGUGGAUUCGAUAUUAAAUAGUGUGCUCAUGGAGUCCUUCCCCUUUCGGCGUUCAAAACUUCAGAAAGUUGAUAGGAUUAUUAAGUCGAAGCUUCAGCGUGUGAUCACAUUUAUCAAUGAGUUGGACACUAGUUGGAGACCUACUAUUUAUUUUCAUACGCUGUGGAAAGAUACAUUCUUGAGCAAGUGCUUCUUUCGCAUUCACAACGUUAUAUCUCAACGUUACGUUUUCUGUUCCCAUGGUUUCGUUGAUGAGGUAUUGUAUAGUAAAAUUUACGAUUCUCGUGUUACUGGGAGGGUUUUAGGGACCAUGCCUUCUCAGCCGCAGAUUGUGCUCGCACGGCGUGUUGAGUACGAGCGCGUCAUUGAGGGCCUUACGUAUCAGCAAAUCGGAAUAUCAGUGAAGAGACAUUCCAGCCUGGUAGUUGGCUAUCAAAUUUGCAUGAGUGCGCGCUUUAUCCUGCGACAGGCCACACCGUUGUAUGACAAAGCCUGGGGUUUUAAAAUGGAUGAGACGUCAAAAGAUACUGAUGAGGAUAUGGACAAAAUGAUUUCUAAAAUAGUUGCUCGGGCGAAAAAAGGGUGUGCAGCUCCGAACUUUGAUGGUCAACGUGCGACGUCAGUCUUUAUAACGCAAGAAGAGGAUUCUAACACUUCAAAAAUUUCAGUAAUCUGA